AUGACAGAAUACAAACUGGUGGUGGUUGGAGCUGGUGGUGUAGGCAAGAGCGCCCUGACAAUACAGCUCAUCCAGAACCACUUUGUGGAUGAGUAUGACCCGACCAUAGAGGAUUCCUACAGGAAGCAAGUAGUCAUUGAUGGAGAGACCUGCCUGCUGGACAUCCUGGACACAGCAGGCCAGGAGGAGUACAGUGCCAUGCGGGACCAGUACAUGAGGACAGGAGAAGGCUUCCUCUGUGUAUUUGCUAUCAACAACACAAAGUCCUUUGAAGACAUUCACCAUUACAGGGAACAAAUCAAGAGAGUGAAGGACUCUGAAGAUGUCCCCAUGGUGCUCGUAGGAAACAAAUGUGAUUUGCCUUCCAGAACAGUAGACACAAAACAAGCUCAGGAUUUAGCAAGAAGUUAUGGAAUUCCCUUCAUUGAAACAUCAGCAAAGACAAGACAGGGCGUGGACGAUGCCUUCUACACGCUAGUGCGGGAAAUCCGGAAGCACAAAGAGAAGAUGAGCAAAGAUGGGAAGAAGAAGAAGAAGAAGACAAAGACAAAGUGUACAGUGAUGUAA